GAAGUGCUUGGCACGCUGUUUGGUGCUGAGUAGCAUAGUGUGCUAUGGACUUGCCAUCAAGGCUCGCGGCGUCCACCCGAACUUGACGCCGCUGUUUAACGUGAAGGCGAGUUUCGAUCGCAAGAAUAUCGACAAGCUCAAGGGGCUUUCGGCCACCCUGGACAACGAAACCAACCAGAUCGUUUUGGUGAAUGCCGUGCAGGAUCAUGCAGUGUCUUGGGCCCGACUCGCCGAUCGACUGAGUGAAACCGGCUGGAUGGAGCUGCAUGUCAGCACACCGAAAAGUGCUUUCUUCUCCAACGAUUUGAAGAUGUACAGCGCAGGGAUUGUGGAGGGCUACCUCACGGCAGAACGCAUGUCCCAGUUCUACAGCAACUUCUAUCCUUUGUUGCAGCCGAAUGAGGAUUCCACGCUUGCCAUGAUGAACAUCAGGAACUCUUUCAAUCAGCAGAUUCAGCACAUCAUGCGCAUGUGCAAGCUGGCCGCCGGCACGGCCGAGGGAGAGCCGGCCGAUCCAUACUGGAAGCACGUGCGGUAUCUUUUUCUGCAGAUGUGGGGUUUGAAGGAUGCCUACAACCUCGUUGCGGCAGAGAAGGGCGUGCGGACAAUAGACAUGGUCGAUCUGCUUUUCAUGAAUUCCCAUGCCGAGCUCCCUGAGCUCAUUGAGGCUUUCCGCCCGCAAGCGGUUGCGGCCAGAAGUGGUGCUGCAAGCUCCGAUGAUGCUCCCGACUCACAGAAUUCUACUUCAGGAUCGCUACUGGAAGCCCAUGUGUCACAGGCUGAUGCUCUAGCGAUCGAUUCCGACUGGAAGCUCCGAUUGGCGAAGCAUGGCCACUGCACGGCCCUAGUGCGCCUGGCGCCUGCAAAUUCGGAUCUUUUCAUUGGGCACACCACCUGGGGGGACUACAGUAAAAUGAGUAGAGUGUACAAGUACUACCGAUUUGACUUGCCUUUGUCAUUUCAGUCGCACGAGCUGAUGGGGUUCAGUUCAUAUCCUGGAUGCGUCAGCAGCACCGACGACUUUUAUAUGAUGGACAAUGGCCUGGCAGUGAUGGACACCACGUUGGAGGUCCUUAACCCGAAGUUGUACAGCCGGGUCAUGGAUGACCCUGACAGGCCCAGGCUACCCAAGUUUCUACAUGUCAUGGCUGUGAAUCGCGUGGCUAAGACAGGCACGCAGUGGACGUCGAUGAUGGCGGAGCAGAACACAGGCACUGGAAAUUCGCAAUGGAUUGUGGUGGACUACAACAGGUUUAGUCCUGGACAACCUUUGCAGCGAAAUACGCUCCGGAUUGUGGAGCAAGUUCCUGGCAUGACUCAUCAGGCGGACAUUACUACAGAGCUCACUUCGCGUGGCUAUUGGGGGUCCUUUAAUCGUCCAUUCUUUGAGGACAUCAGACGGAUGUCUGGGCACAAGACCGCUGAGGAGUCUUACGGCAAGCUCUUCUCCUUCGAAGACUCACCGCGAGCAUCCUUGCUCCGCCGAUUUGGGUCCGGAGUGAGUCAACUGGGCGACAUGCGCUCAACCAUGACGCGCAACGAUCCGAAGGAUGCAGUUCCAGGAUUCCCUGCCGGGCCAGGGCAUGCCAUCAUGGCUCGGCUGGAUUUGGAUGCGAUGGUGAACAAUAUCCCGAAUGGAGGAAUUGAUGCAAAGGUCACAAGUGCUUGCUUGUUCAAGCGGAUGGCUUGUCAGGCCGUGAGUGGACCAUCGCACGGAAGUUAUCCUGCAUUCCGAUGGACGAGCCAGGCGACAGACAGAGCUCCUGCAGCAGAAUUGUUCCAGGGCUGGCCACACUUGGGUUUGCCAGAUGUUUGGGAUUUCGAUUUUGUCGAGAUGAGCUCUGACGAGGACAAGCUGGCAAGCUCCCAGCUGAGUGACAGCUGCUAA